CUCCAGUCGGAUGUCCUGUUGCCUCACGAGCAUCCUCAGCCUCCAGCUCUACAUCUUUUCCUUGAGAGAACAGAAAAAGGCCAGCCAUGAGCUCUUCGGUCCAUACCUCCACUUCCUACAGGCGCACCUUUGGGAGUCCCCACCCCAUCGCCAUGUCCUCCUACUCUCCUGUGUCCUCUCGUAUGCCUGUUUCUUCAGGGCGCUACAUGCGUUCGAUGUCCCCUGCGGUAUCCCGCUCCACCACCUACCACCAACAGCGCUCCCGCCCAGGCGCCCAGCCCCCUCGCCUUACCUACGACAAGGUGGACUUCACCCUGGCUGAAGCCAUCAACCAGGAGUUCCUCACCACCCGCAGCAAUGAGAAGGCCGAACUGCAGGAGCUCAACGACCGCUUCGCCAGCUUCAUCGAGAAGGUGCGCUACCUGGAGCAGCAGAACGGCACUCUGCAGCAGGAGCUCAAUCAGUUCAAGGGCCAGCAGCAACAGGGACACCCCAACCGUGCCACCGAGCUUUUCCAGGAGGAGCUGAGGGAGAUGAGGCGCCAGAUGGAUGACAUCGGGAAGGAGAGGGACCAGUACCUGCUGGAGAGGGACAACCUGGCCGAGGACCUCACCAUGGUCAAGCAGAGGUAUCAACUCAAAGAAAAGUUUGAUGAACAGAUGCAAAAACAAAUAAGUGAUGGAGAUGUGUAGAUAGUUUGAUUUACAGGUAGGCGGGUUAGAAAAGCAGACAGGAGAAAGUUUACAAAACUGUCUCAACAACAGCUGUCUUUUCUUUUAGCGACAUUAUUUUUGUGAUUCAGGCCUGUGUCAGAUUUGUAGCCAUGUGGCUGAUGUGUGACCAUAAUGAUGGACUGUAAAGUGUCCACUUUAAUCACAGUGGAGCUCAGUGAGUCCCUUGGGUAUUCAUCAAAUGAGUUCAGAGUUGAUACUGAUGUAGGGCGUGGCACUUUAGCAGACUGGACACCACAAAGCAGCAGCAUGAUGCAUGACAUUGCAUUGCAUCUUUCACAUGACUGUAUUGAUUUCUGACUGUGUAUGUAGAUUAAAUGUCUUGUACACUUGCAGGACAAGUCAUCGAAGAAAGAGGAGAGCGAAAAACCCACAGAAACUAAAACACUUGAUGCAAAUUACAUUUUGAAGAGUAAUGAAGAAUGGUUCCUCUAAAUUAACAUAAAUUAUUAGAUUUUUGGAGACAUGCACUCACGCCGGGGGAAGAGAAAUGAAAGGUUGACCAGCUAAAGGGUGGGGCUAGCUGGAGAGCAAGGGAGGGGAGAGAAAGGGAGAGAGGCUGGGUAUCAGGCAUGGAGAAAAUAGCAGCAGGAAAAAUCAAUGUGACUCAGUGACUCCAUUAGGUUUGUUUGCAGUGUCCCUUCAUGCUGAUGGGAGGAUGCCAAAGACCCCAUUAGGACAAAAAGACCCCUGUAACACAGCAUGAAUUAAAGAUGAGGUCCAAGGACCCACUUUUCUUCUUCCCCCAGUAAUCCACUUAAUUUCCAGUUUGGACAUGACUUGUGUCUGAUACCACAGAUCGUACCAAAACAUUCAGACAUGGACCGACACAAACGUCUCAUCAGUCACAAUGUCUGCAGAGAACGAGGACACUCAGAUUUAACUUUCUGAUAUGAUUUGUGAUGAGUCAUUACAAUGACUCCUCAAUUGUAACUGAGUUUGAAGGAGGUUUAUGACAUUUCCAAUUUACUAAUGCCACUCCCAUGAUCAGUUCUUUUAAGAGAAGUGUUUCUUUAACCUUGUAAUGUGUGCAGAUGACCUAGUUACUCUGAAGGGAAAACACGUCAGAUGUAAGGAGCAGCUGUUGAACCCACUGAGUGCACCUCCCAACCCUUUUUAGAAAGACAGUGAAUUAACUAAUUGAUCCAGAAAGCUUUUGGCCAGCUGAUGCCCUGCUGCAACCCCUGACAACAAAAGAGUAUUCUUAACUAAAUUCAUUGUUUCCCCUGCCCUCCCCAAUUUGUAGAAACAGGAAAGGCCUGAAGAGAAUCUGUACAGUGUCUGAUGUAUUUUGUCCGUUUUCUUGUUAUCAAGGCUGGAGGACGAAGUCCAGAAGAGGGUUGAUGCUGAGAAUAACCUAACUGCCUUCCGCAAGGUAAAACAGAAAACAGCUCAAAAACAACUGUAAUACCAGCAAAAUGGUGUUGUAGUAACAUGACAUGGCAAGUUUCAAAACAUCUAGAUCUACGGGUAAAAAUACAUUUUUUAAACAAUGAAAUGAUUCUUAUUUAUUGUUAGUUUAUUUCUACACUUAUAUAUUGUUUGGAAAUGUCUUUCUUUGCAUUAAAGGGAAUUUUUACUACAUAUUUUCAGUCUGUGAACACAUGUAACUCACAAAAACCAGACAGUCGUGAUUUUCCUUUAUUUCACAUCUAAAAUCAGUGAUACUUGUGUGAUAUUUUAAAGUAGAAAUGAGGUCUUUCAGCAAAAGAUGACAUAUUUCAAAUAUAAAUUAUGUCUGUUUAAUAUAAAAUUAGGAUGUGGAUGAUGCUACGCUGUCUCGCCUGGAGCUGGAGAGAAAGAUAGAGUCUCUGAUGGAUGAGAUUGAAUUCCUUAAGAAGCUCCAUGAUGAAGUAAGUGGUAUUUCCCCAUCUUCUCCUUUUUAUUGUGCUUGUAUAACAGUUUUUUUUUUUUUUUUUUUUUUGUUUUUCUGGUAAGAGACUUCUAUUACCUUUUGUUUUCUGGAGACCUGCAAUAGCAACAUCAAGUGCAGCCUUCAGGUAUGAAAAAUGAAGCCAAUGCAGAGGGCAACAAACUGCAGUUCUUCAAGCAGCCACUUGAGGCAAGCUUCUUAAACGAGUCAUUCCCAAUAAAGGCACAUAUUUCGUGGACUAACUUUACUCAGAACUAAACAUGUUGAUGGCCUGGUACCAAUUCAACAAUCUUCUCUACUGAUUCCCUCUUUUUUUUUUUGCUAACUGUCACCUUAUAAGAUAAAACUGUUUCAAUUACUUCAAGGCUUAAAGUCACUUGAAGGGCAUUGCUCCUUUUCCCCAUAAAGACAAAGUGGUUUUUUGAGAUAAGAGGCGUGAAUUUAUUUGUAGCUAGCAAGCAUAAAGUCAGCUCUGUUCUGCACUCCUGGUGUGCAACUUUCACUAUUAGAAAUAGAACUACAUCAUAUGAGAUAUUUAAACUUUUCUAAAUACCACCUAAUUAAUUAGCCAACUAGAUUUGAUGAUAUGAUCUUUUCAAACCCUGCACUUUCCUCCAGCAACUACCUUUUUUUUUUCAAGAUUUUGGCCACUGUUCUCCUGAAACCAAUGUCAGCCAAAAUGCAUAACAUCAGGAAAAACUUUUUGUAAAAACUUUUGGGAGACAUUGUUUUGUUCAUUAUUUCAAUAGUCUGACUCACACUCUAAUUUUGCAUGCACAUGCAACCUAAAGCAGCUGACUCUUAAGAAUCCAUUAAAAACUGUUUUUUUUAACUCAUAGUAUAAUUUUGCACUGACAUCAUCCCAGUAAAUGAUUUACAAAAAACCUCUUCAAAUAUUCUCUGUAAUUUUGUGUGCCAAGAUUAACAAACUGCGAAUUAUGUUUUUCAUAUUUUAUUGAGAGUUAACGCUAAAAAGCUGUCUGUUAGGGUACAUUUUGAAACUCUAAAAAAUUUGGUUACACUUCAUUUUUGCCUAUGUGAUGUAAAAAAUCUGCACUAGCAAGUAUGGAUAUUAAUGCUUGUGACAAAUACUUCUCCAAACUCUUGUCCUUAUUGCCUAGAGUAUUGAACAAGAGUGUCAUCUGCAUAUAGGUUAAAUGAAAUGUACCAAUCUCAGUGCAGAAAGGCGAAAGGGUUCAAAACUGAACCCUGCAGGAUUCUGAUGGUUAGAUGCAAGGAGCUGAAUAAGCUCUUCACACCUUUUUAAUAUUUCUACACAGUGGAAUCAUUAAAUUAUUAAAAAUGUUGGUAACUGUAGUGCAUUUCUGACCAUUUACUUGAAUACUGGUGUUAUCAGGAAAUCCAGGAUGUCCAAGUAAGCGUCCAAACCCAGCAACUGAAAAUGGAGGUAGACAGCAGUGCCAGGCCCGACCUCACUGGUGCUCUGCGGGAUAUCAGGGCCCAGUAUGAGAACAUCGCCAUGAAGAACAUGCAGGAAUCUGAGGACUGGUACAAGUCCAAGGUCAGUAGAAAAACACACAGAAUCCCACAUUGACACAAACCAGUUUUAAUUGUGUUGUGCUUUGUCUUUUUAAUUCUUCAGUUUGCUGACUUGACCGAGUCUGCAAAGAAAAACACUGAUGCUCUGAGGCAGGCCAAGCAGGAUGCCAAUGAGUCCAGGAGGCAGAUUCAGUCUCUUAACUGUGAAAUUGAUGCUCUGAAGAACACUGUGAGGCUAAAUACCAUUUUUCAAAACACUGACCUCAACUAAGAAUCUGUCAUUGUACAUGCAACAUCUUCUCAAUGCACUUUGUGUACCACUUUGUCCUCAGAACGAGGCUCUGAUGAGGCAGAUGCGUGAAAUGGAAGACCAGUUUGGCAAUGAGAUCACCAACUACCAGGACAACGUUGGCAGGCUGGAAGAGGAGAUCCGCCACCUGAAGGAUGAGAUGGCUCGCCACCUGCGCGAGUACCAGGACCUCCUUAAUGUCAAAAUGGCUCUGGACAUUGAGAUUGCUACUUACCGUAAACUACUGGAGGGAGAGGAGAGCAGGUAAGGGAAAACAUAGUGUCUCUUGCUCAAAAUAAAAUGUAUUUGUUUCAAAAUUUUGGUAAGUUUCUGGCUCAGUCUAAUACAUAAUAUGCAGUGUUUAAAACAAUUUUCAUCAAUAACUCUAAGAUUAAAGAACGUUAACAUAAAAUUGCAUGAUUACAAUCAUGGCUGUCAUCUUUUGUCACCUGAUUGAGGUUGCAAAAGACUGGUUUGCUUCCUGCAGGGUUUAGUCUUAAAUUUAUGUGCAUGUCAGCCCUCAGAGUAAUUGAUGUAAAUCUAACUUAACCAUUCAUCACAGAUUAAUAAAUAACACCUAAAUUUUGUGUCGAUUGUUCAGGAUUACUGUUCCCAUCAUGAAUAUUGGCAUGAGCAACCACUUUGGUGACCGAGGUAGGUUUAGCUCUUUUCAUUUAAGUUCAAAUAGGACGAGCUUCUUGAUCUGGACUGCAUUUGUACCCUUUUGUUUGACCGUCUCAAGUUUUUAUCGCUGAUAUUACUUUGUAAAAAUACAAAACAUACCUGGAUAACAUGACGGACCAGUUGAUUUUUAUUUUAUAUCAAUCCAUAGAUCUAAUGCUAGGAGUUUUUAAUGAAUGAUGCUCAGUUUAUUAAUUUAGUCCAUGUAUGACCUACAACAGCAAACCUAAUCAAAAGAUUAAAAAAUGAAGAAAAAGAAACAAAAAACCUCUAAUACUUUAAAAAUCGAACCACUAUUUUGUGAUGGUUUCUUAAUUUAAAACUGUAAACUCUUACUUUUCAGACUACGAACCAACUUCUGAUACCCAAGGCAAGAGGACUGUGGUGAUAAAGACAGUAGAGACAAGAGAUGGAGAGGUACAAUGAUUUACAGGAAUGAUGUAUUUAUUGUGGGAAUGUGGGGGCUACAUCAACUUAAUAUAGUGACCAAAUUUAUCUUUGUUUUUGUCAGGUGGUGAAGGAAUCAAGGAGGGAGAAGGACAGGGAGUCUGCAAGAGCUGACAAGGACGACCACGACGAGUAGAUAACAGCUGAUCACAAAAUGUGUGAGGGCAAGUGCCAUUAGCAAAAAAAUGUUAGCAAGAGGAAACAACGAUAAACCCGACCGCAAUUUUAACAGCCCUCAUUCCCACUAGUUAUGUGUUAAACUGUCCGGCAAAGAUUUUUUUCAAUCUUAAGAGCAAUGUCAAAAGAAUCCCUUUAGAGAGUGUCCCUCCGGUGCUAUUCAAACUACUGAACUUUUGCUUAACACCUGUACCAUGAAUCAUGUAGAGCUGAGCAAAACCACUUUGAUAAUAUACCACUUGAGGCCUUGAUUUACAGUGCAAUGCCUUCAAAUCCUUAGAUAGGUACACCUUUGCAGAAUAUUACAUUACAGGCUAAUUUUGAAAUAACUCAACACAGUUUUAGUAGUUUAUGUCAAAUAUUUGACUUACUGACAAAAUUUCAGACACUACCUUUUGGUCAAGAUCCAGUAGAAUACAGAAAGGAAACUAAUUAACCUAUCUACAUUUGUUUUGAGCUUCGCUACUAUCUCACUGUGCAAACCAACAAAUUACCAAAGUCAUUCUUAGAUGUGACAAAAAGAAAAUGUUGACUGAAAAAAAAGAAAGCUGCCAAGUGAAUAGACUUGCUGAAUGUGCUUUGCAAUGCUGUGGGUAUCUGGCACGAUUGAUGAAUGCAAAUGUGCGCAAAAAUAAACUUCAUUGGAGCAGAU